UGGACAUAGGAUUCCAAAGAAGCUGCGCUCCAGAUCUUUUGCUAGUGUUGCUGGUUCUGCGCCCCUAGACGGAGUUCGCUUCCCACUAUGCCGCCUACUCGAGACCCCAUACAGACCCCCAAGUACGAGAGCGAAGAUACCUACGUGGGCAAAAGGGACUCCCAGAAAGCCCCCUACACGAGCCCGACCCAUAUUAUCCAGCAGCAGGAUCCUUGGAACCGACUGCAUGCAACUACCACGGUUGCCAGUAUCAGACGGGAUGUCUAUUUCUAUGACCCAGAGAUCCCCUUGGAUGACUUGGAUUUCCGAAUAACCUCCUUGUACAACCACCAUACUGGAUUGUUUCAGGACAAGGCACAGGCUCUGGUCCAUCAGGAGACCAUCAAUGAUACCCAUGGAGCCGUCAAAUUCCAGUACCCAGAUGAGAUACUGCCUCCUCCUCCUCUACCUCCCAUAACUACUCGAGCAAUGAUGAGGCACUGGGUCAACCCCAAGAAGGACUCAAUCCACAGUGUCCAAGGGACCAUAGUGGCCCCUCACAAUGCAGCCACCAAUGGUGGCUACUCCCGCAAGAACGACGGUGGCUUCUUCUCCACCUAGUCUUACUAUUGCCCACAUAAGUAACCCAAGCAGAGCCUCUGUCAUCUGCUAGCCCCU